AUGGAAGGUGAUGUCUAUUCGCUGGACAAGGCUGUGAAGAGCAAGAAGAAAAGGGGGAUUCCACAGGAUGUGGUUGAAGAGGCUGAAAGGAUUGAGGAGCAGAACUACGAAAGGGCCAAGGGGGUCCGGAUGCAGCUUGACGAGUCUGCUCUGAAGCAGAAGGCAACGACUGAAGAGCUUAUGAGGCAGGGAGAGACGCUGGAGAAUGCAAAGAAGGCGGCGAUUGGGAUAAACACAAAUGCCAGAAGAGGGUCUGAGCUUACCGAAGAUAUUGAUCGGGAGGGAAGGGUAUUUAGCUGCGAGCUUCCGUGUGUCAGGACGAUAAAGAGAUGGUUCCGGGGAAAUAGAGGAAAUAUUGAUGACAUUGUGGACAGGAACCAGGAUAGCGGGAGCGAGUCGGAACGCAUGCCGGAGCGAGUGGAGUUUGAGGAGGACGGAGAAGAGUACAUCAAGGGCCAGAACAAAACCGACCGCGAGAUGGUAGGGGUGCUGAAUGCGGUAAGGCAGAUAAGGGCCGAGGCAGAUAAGCAGAACAAGGAGUCUGCCAGGCACAAGAGUAUUGUGAAUGACAUAUCGAUGAUCAACGAGAGGUCUGAGAAGGUGAUCAAGGACACCGACAAGGAGCUGAAGAAGGUGGAAUGA